GCUCGACGUAGAAGCCCCGCCAAAGGCUGCGCUUCCACAAAAGGGCGUUUCCUGGGAUUUCGACGGCGAUGACGACACGGAUGAACCUGUCCGUCGACCACGUACCGUAACGUUUGAAACGUCAAAUCGGCCUGUUUCGACCGCUACGACGGACUCAAUAUCCUCAUCAGGUGCGGGCGGCACCCCUGUCCUGGAAUCGAGACCUCUGGAAGGGUAUUCUGAGGAUGGAAUGUCGCCUCAGAGCGCCACAACCGUUUCAAGCCAAACUGGCGAAAAGCCUAUACGGAAAUCGCGCUUCGUUGUCGAUGGUAUGGCAUCUCCUCCUCCGUCGUAUAAUGCAAUGCCUACCAGUUCCAUACAGUCGGAUCACAACCUACACGGCCUCGGUGUAUCUUCCAAUGGUGCUGAACUAGCAGGUGCGCCCGAGAUUAAGAGAGGGCGCUUUAGCGUCAAAGACACGCCAACCAUUUCAUCCCCUUCGCCUGCAAGCAUGAAGGCUGCAGCCAGCGAGGCGCUCUUGUCGCCGUCGCGCAGCCUGUCGCCUUCGCCCAUCGAAGGUACUCCGGAUGGUGUGAACAUUGGUGGGCCACUUGACAUAGGAUCAGAACGAAAAUCAAGGUUUGAGGUCCAUCAUAGUCCUGCUCCUCCAACAUCUGGUGCCUCGGGUUUAGUAAAUGGGACCGGUCUGCAUUCGCCUGUGUUGUCUGCUACAAACACAAGAGAUUCGUCACAGACAAGGGUGUCUCGAUUUAGCGUUGAACCUAGCCAGCCAUCCCAAGACACUAGCGCAGUGCUUUCGACUGUUGGAACACCCAAUCUCUCACAGGGCAAACGCAGUCGCUUCCAGGUGUCGAGUGUCGAUGAGAUAUCAGCAGGCAUGAAUAAUCUAUAAGAAUUGGCCAUUAAAUCUCUCAAAAAAAUUCUCCAGAAGUGCUCAUCAUGUUAAGCAUUCGUCCUGUUCUCGCUUU